AUUAAUUUAUUUUAGACGGUAAUAUCACUUUACUAAAAUAUCUACAUAAUGUAGUGAAGCUAAUUUUAUAAUACUUUGUCAUUUACGGUAAAAAAAAGGGCGGUCGGAAUUGGGCGCCGGCCGCAAUUGGGCCGCGUUCCCCUAAUCUUGAGACAUGUGCUUGACACUUACUUAAUUUAUCAACAAUUGUGUUGUGAGCAUCAAAAAUCACAAAAAAAUGAUCUCCACAGGGAGAGUUAUUCACUAUGCUGAAGCAAAGAAGUGCCGAAUAUGUGAAGUUCGAACGAAUCUCAUGGAUAGUUGGAUGGAGGAGUUCCGCUACAUCCACAGGAAGCUCAAAGUAGUGACGGAUUAUGAGGAGAAAUACAAGAAUUGGUUGAGAUACAUUUGCAUCUGCUGCAAAAGCCAACUUGAUGAUUUUUGGGAUUUUAAGAUUCGCUGCGAUAAUGCUUACCGGAAGUUUGUAGAAGCAACUGCACCAUCUAGCAGUAGUUCCACCACGGACGAUGACCUGAGGGACAAUUUCGUCGUUAAUAAUGAAGAAAUUGCAGAUGUUUGUGAACGAAUUAAGACGGAGCAAGAAACCGUACAGUAUGAAGAGAUUAAUACUGUUGCACUACCUGGAGAAAAUGCAACACGUCGAGGGAGACCAAAUCCAUCCAGCUCAUCAACGAUCAAAGAAACUCAGAAGCAUAAAAGUGGUCAAAAGAAGAAGAAUGAGGAUUCGUCAAGCUACAUAACACAAAUUCAUAACUUCAAAGAGGUCAGAGUUUUAUUGCCACGAAUAAGCCAAAAGGAUGCGAGAGAAGGUGAAAAAGGUGGAACGUCGAGGCAGAGACUGAUGCUCACUAAAAGUAUUGAUAGAAAUGAAGUUUUACCAAAAAGGCCAAAAAGUCGUUCCGAACGAAGCGUCAAGAAAAUGACUGAGAGGCACAGUUUAAUGGCGGAACGCUAUCUAUGUAUCCACUGUGGAUAUCAAUUUUCCCGGAAAACAACUCUACGUCAACAUAUGGAAAAGCAUUUGAAAAAGCGACGUGAACAACGGAGGAAAACGACAUCUGAAGACGUGCAAAGUAACCCUCCCAACACAUCGUCAGCUUCUCCAUCGAUGAAUAAUGAGCAACAACUGAGACUCACUUGUGGCUACUGCAAUGAGAAGUUUAUUUGGUUUACAGAGUACAAGAAUCAUUUGAUAGCUCAUUCCAAGAAAAGAGUCCGCCCAUCUGCCUUGAAAGAGCAUAAGACGCAAGAACAAGCUAUAAGGGGAGUAGUGUACUGUACGUAUUGUAAGAAGGAAUUUUACAAUCGUGGACUAUGUAAAAUUCACAGUAGGACAUGCAAGAAAAAUGAUAAUAGAACUGAGAAGGAAAAUGUGUCUUCCACGCCGCUUAGGCACAUCGAGACGAUCUUUCUUCCUGAAGAGGAAACUCACACAGAAAAUCAAGAUAUAACCUCUUUAGAUGUUAAAGUCGAGAUGAUUACCAGCGAUCACACAGAUGAAAACACAAUUAAAGAAAAUCAGACACUCGAACGUGAGAAGAAUAUAACCCCAAUGUAUGCUGAAAUGGACGAAGCUGAAUCGGAAAAUUACUCAGAUCGUGACAAUGAUGAAAUUUCAGUGGAAGAAAAUCCACUUUUAGAGGAAGAAAACGGAAAUGGAGAGAAAAUAAAAGAGGAGGAAAUACCACAGCCCAAACCUUUCCAAUGUUACAAGUGUGAAUUCAAAUCAAGCAGGAAGUCAGUUUUGAGCCAACACAUGCAAAAUCACUUGAUGGAACAACAAGUACUACUUGAGGAAAGGAUCUUCAAAACCAUCGAGAGGAACAUACAACAGCAUAGUACGAACGAUGAGGAUCAACUGAAAUUCACUUGUGGAUACUGCAAAGAGAAGUUUAUUUGGUUUACGGACUACAAGACUCAUAUGGAGUUGCAUGCUCAGAAGAGAAUCCAUUCCUCUAAGAAGAAAAAGAAGAAGACGAAUGCACAUUCGAGGAGUUAUGAGAAAUCUCAAGCCGUAAGAAAAAUACACCACUGUACGUAUUGCAGGAGGAGAUUUCAAAAUGGCGGACUAUGCAAGAUCCACAUUAGAACGUGUGCUAAGAAUUUUAGAAGUCCAGAGAAAGUAAGCAACAGUGACAAGUUUAAGAGGCAAGAAGGACAAAAACUUGGACGCAAAGAGAAUGAAGACUUGGAGGACGCUGAAGGAAUGGAUGCUAGAUCGGAAAAUCAAUCAGAUUAUGACAGUGAUGUAAUUGCAGUGGGAGAAAAUCAAUAUUCUGAUGUAGAAGAGGCAGGAAUACAGGAGCAAAUACAAGAGUUUAAACCUUUUCGAUGUCAUCAUUGUGGAUUCAGAUCCAAAAGAGAAUCAAACCUAAGACAGCACCUCCAGGUUCAUUUUAACAAAAAAUCCAUUUCUGUGGAAGAAAAGAGACUUGCAGAGACAAGAAAACCGGGGUUAAAAUCCUUCCAAUGUCUUCAUUGUGGAUCCAAAUAUACAAGGAAAUCAUUUUUAAGGAAGCAUCUGCAGAAGCAUUUAAACAAAAAAUUCAAACCUGUCUUUAUGAAUUGUCAUCAUUGUGAAUACAGAUCUAAAUGCAAGUCAAACUUAAGACGACACCUAAAAAUGCAUUUUAACAAUGGAUCCAAAAAAAUCUCAAAGGAGCUUAAACUCUACCAAUGUCAUCGUUGUGAAUUCAGUUCAAAAAGAGAAUCGAACGUAAUGCGACACCUGCAAAAGCAUUAUCCUGCAAAGGCAAGAAUAGAAGAGUUUAAACCCUUCCAAUGCCAUCAUUGUGAAUUCCGAUCAAAAAGAGAAUCAAACCUAAGGCAGCACCUGCAAAGUCAUUUUAAUAAUAAAUCCAAACACAAACCCUUCCAAUGUCAUCAUUGUGAAUUCAAAUCAAAAAGAGAAUCGAACCUAAGGCAGCACAUGCAAAAGCAUUAUCUUACAAAGGCAGGAAUGCAGGAGCUUAUAUCCUUGCAAUGCCAUCAUUGUGAAUACACGUCUGAAAGUAAAUUAAAUUUAAGACGACACCUGCAAAGGCAUUUCAACAAAAGAUCCAGGAUAUUCCAAAGGAAAAUUUCUCUUAAAGAAAAGCAAAAUGCAGAGACAGGAAUAGAGGAGUUUAAACCCUUCCAAUGUCAUCAUUGUGAAUUCAGAUCUAAAAGGAUAUCAAACUUAAAACAGCACCUGCAAAGGCAUUUUAAUAAAAAAUCCAAACACAAACCCUUCCAAUGCCAUGAUUGUGGAUUCAAAUAUAAAAGGAAAGUAUUUUUAAAAUGGCACAUGCUGAAGCAUUCAGACAAGAAAUUUAAGUCGUUGGCAGACUUUAAUAAAUGUGGAUAUUGCCGGAUGGAAUUUAACACAGGAGCAGAAUAUAAGGCUCAUUUAAAAAUUCAUUUCCGGAAAACUUGUGAUUUCUGUCCUGCAGUAUUCAAAACUCAUAAACAAUUGCUUACGCAUGAAAGGAAACAUACGGGUGAAAAACCUUUUCUAUGCGAUAUCUGCGCUAAAGCCUUUCGCAGUAAAGGGACUUUAAUAAAUCACAUGUCCUGCCACACAGAGGAGAAAAAGUUUAAAUGUGAUAUUUGUAGAAAAGCCUUUAAAACGAACACAACAUUGACAAAACACAAGAGAACUCAUCUGAAAGAUCUUCCAUUCAAGUGCGAAAUGUGCCCAAAGUCCUUCCACAGUAAAUACUUGUUAGUAUAUCACAUGACCGUACAUACCGGCGAAAAAAAUUUCAAAUGUAGCGACUGCAAUAAAACAUUCCGAUUAAAGAAAAAUCUCAACGUUCAUCGAAGAAUUCACACAGGAGUAAAACCAUACAUGUGCAAAAUUUGCAAAAUUCGCUUUAGAACAUUGACUAUUCUGAAUUGUCAUAUGACUAUUCACACGAAGGAGCGCAAAUUUAAAUGCGAUCUUUGCGACAAGAAGUACGCGACGCUUAGUGCUUUGACGAUUCAUAAAAAGGUUCAUACAGGAGAGAGACCCUUCCUGUGUGAUAUAUGCUCAGCAGAUUUUCAAUUGAAACACCACUUGCAGGCACAUAUAAAAACUCACGAAGACAAUGGUACAAAAAGGCGAAAAAGAAGGGUAAAGAAGGAAAAAGGAAAUGAUGGAGAAGAAAAAGGGAAGGAAACUGAUGAAGAAGAAGAUGAUGAAAGUCAAGGAAAAACAAAGAAAAUAAAAAUGGAGAAAAUUGAGGAAACUGAACAAACAGAUGAAGAAUCUGACGAGGAUUACAAGGAAUAAAAUUAAGACAGGAAGAAAAAUUACAUAAAUGUCAUCAUCAUCAUCAUAUAAUCAUCAUAUAUUUCAUUUCAAUGUAUAUCUACAAGGAAAGAAUUUUAGCAACAAUAGCCAUAUGCUGUGCUGUUGCGAUUAUGGAGUGUAUCUGGAUGUCACUAAUCCACCGACGUCAUCAGAAUUGGAAAGAUACUCCAACAGUGCGCUCCUGGUUGGAGCACCGAUCACGUCCCAAACAUUGUUCAUGAUGAGAGGAGCCAGGUACAGGAAAGACCUUCUGAACCCCUCCGAUCUGGGCAUAGGGACAUUGAAGUGCUCCCUUCUUC